UAUUUUGUUUUGUUAUCAUUUUUCAGUUCGCUUUAUCGCUCUCAUCGUUGAAACACCAAAUUUCAACGCAAGAUUCAGUUUCUCUAUAAUUUAUUUUAAAAAAGAGGGAAAAAUGAAGUUAAUCAUAAAGAUUCUCAAAGGGGACGAAUAUUUCGUUGAGACCACGGAGGAAGCCACCAUCCUGCAAAUCAAACAGGACCUCGAGAGCAAAAGCAUGAUUCCGGUAGAACACCAAAAGUUGCUGUUGGUGGGCAAAACUUUGUCCGAUGAGAAAACGGUCGCAUCCUACGGCAACAUCAAGGACGGUACCAAACUGACACUGGUGGUGAAAAAGCCCGACCCACUGAGGGAGGUUUUACUCCGACAGUUCAAGAAGCAUCUCCAGGAGGAGCAAUCCCAACGAUUGACCAACGAGUUUAUGAAGGAUUUCGACAGCAAAAUUCAGCAGCUUAGUUUAGACGACCUGGAGAAAAUAGCUAGCGACAUUCUUGCAAAGAAAGGUCAAAAUGUGUGAUAGGGAUAGGCAUCAGGGCUCUGGGAAUUGGAAAUGAUUGCGGCAAUAAAUUUGCUUACCUUAUAAAAGCUGACCGGGUA